UAACACAUAACAACAACUUCUCUCUUCCCGUCCCACACAAACGACUCUAUAAAUGCCAAUCAAAAUAGCUUCCUUCCUCCAUAGUUCCUAAACCAUAACAACUACUUCUCUCUUCAACCUUUGCUUCAAUCUCCAACAACUUUUUUCUGCAAUCUAUAACAAAACCUAACCACAAUAAACCAAACAUGGUGGUUUUAUCACAGCCAGUCGCUUUAGAUAAUCACAUAUCAGUAAUCCCAACAUACAAGCCAGUUCCGGUUCUAACAUCCCAUUCAAUCCCCGUCGUGGACCUAACCCACCCAGAAGCCAAAACCCUUAUCGUGAAAGCUUGUGAGGAGUUUGGUUUCUUCAAGGUUGUCAACCACGGAGUGUGCCCUGACCUCAUGACCCGGUUAGAGCAGGAAGCUGUCGGCUUCUUCGCCUUGCCUCAGUCUCUCAAAAACCAGGCCGGUCCACCUGAACCGUACGGCUAUGGUAGUAAACGGAUUGGACCAAACGGUGACGUGGGGUGGAUUGAGUAUAUCCUCCUCAAUGCUAACCCUCAGCUCUCGUCAGCCAAAACCUCUGCCGUUUUCAGUCAAAGCCCACUAAUUUUCCGUGAGGCAGUGGAGGAAUACAUGAAAGAGGUGAAGGAAGUGUCGUGCAAAGUGUUGGAGAUGAUAACUGAAGGAUUGGGGAUAGAGCCAAGGGACAGUCUGAGUAAGAUGGUGAGAGAUGAGAAGAGUGACUCGUGCCUGAGACUGAACCACUAUCCGACGGCGGAGGAAGAGGCGGAGAAGAUGGUGAAGUUAGGUUUUGGGGAACACACAGACCCACAGAUCAUCUCAGUGCUAAGGUCCAAUAACACAUCGGGUCUUCAAAUCUGUAUGAAAGAUGGAAGCUGGGUCGCUGUCCCUCCUGAUCACUCAUCUUUCUUCAUUAAUGUUGGAGAUGCUCUUCAGGUUAUGACAAACGGAAGGUUCAAGAGUGUAAAGCACAGAGUAUUAGCUGAUACAAGGAAAUCGAGAGUCUCGAUGAUAUAUUUUGGAGGACCGACACUGAGCCAGAAGAUCACGCCAUUGCCAUCUCUUGUCCCUAAGCAAGAGGAUUGGCUUUACAAAGAAUUCACUUGGUCUCAAUACAAAUCUUCUGCUUACAAGUCUAAGCUUGGUGAUUAUAGGCUUGGUCUCUUUGAGAGACAACCUCUUCUCACUCAUAGGUCUAAUGUAUGAGACUAGUCAUGAUGAUCCUUAUCAUCCUUUGUAUGAUAGAAAAAAGUCAUAAUUACAAAAGAAGAAAAUGGAUAGUGUUUUGGAUUAGUUUUUAUUUCUGGCAUGUUUUUUUCCCGUUAGGCACAAAAGCAGUAGGCUUUGCUUAGAGUUUGACCCGACCAAUCUUAUCUUUUGUAUUCCCUCGUCUCCAUUUCUUUUUGCCUUAUUUGUUUGGCUUAUUUGAUUUUGCUUUUCCAUUUCCCACUUCAAUUUGGCUAUGUUUUUACUUUGGUGUUCAAUUAUAAGAGA